CUAAUACCAGUACUAAAUUGAAAACUGUUAACGCCUGACCUUCAAAUUAAAUUAAAAUAAAAAUAAAAAAUAGUUUCUCUCGUUCAGCAAGCAACUAUGUACUACUGACUAAUGAACAACUUCAAAAUAAAACAGUUUCGGUUUCGUUCUUCACGAACAAUUUUGUAAAAUCAAUGAAAAUGAACGAACCGAAACGAACCGGUUCAUCAUCGUCGUCGACGAUUGAUAUACCGUCGUCUUUGAAUCGGAUAAAGACUCGCGGAGUUCAGAGAAGAACUGAUGAAGAAGAAUAUGUGACGAUAAAUUCAAGGCCGCCUGUGAAGGGAAAGCAGCACGUUAGUACAGUUUCUCAGGGACAAAGAAUUUCAAAAGGAGACGAUUCUCGACUGAUGAAAAAUUGAUGACCAACCAAGCAUUUAUGAAAGUAUUCCUGCUCAAUCUUUUUCAUGUCUUGAUCGAUUUAAUGGUUAAGCUAAAUGAGAAGUUAUACUAAAACUCAAAAUCUCAACAUGGCUUAUGGCUCCAACAAAAUUAAAGUUGUCGGUUCUGUCUUUAAUGGGACGUGAUAAAGAAGAAUUUCAUAAAGGAAAGAAGAUAACUCGAUGGCUCACGUCAUAUUUUUCCAAGAAUUCUAGUCAAGCUACCAGUGAUGUUCCUGCAACUGUUGAGGAGAGAAGGGUGGAAGCUAGGACAUUUGACAAAACAGAUGAAAGAGGAAUAAAAAUAUCCAACGUGGAGAAUCAUCUUAAUGGAGGACAGCCUUCUUUGGAGAGUCUAAGCCGGAGUAAAGGGUCAAAAGGAUUAAAAAGCUUUUCACAUGAAUUAGGACCAAAGGGCGGCAUACCACCUGUUCAACCUCGGGCUCAUAGUUACAGUGAUUUGAAGGAGUUAUUGGGUUCUUUGCAUUCAAGAUUCGAUGCAGCUAAAGAGGUGGUGAAUGCAGAACUGGCCAGUUUUGCAGGGGAUGCCAUGGAGGUACUUGAGAAAAUUGACUCUUCCUUGCAAGAAGAGCUGAAAAUGGCAGAGGAUCUUCUUAUUCUGGCUCAUCAGUGUAUGGAGAUGACCUGUUCUCAGUUUCGUGCCAAGUGCAAAUUAAUUGUUCAAGAUCUCACUGAGAAAAGGCAUCAGUGUCAAAUAGGACUUUUAAAGUGGCUCUAUACUCGUAUGCUUUUUAUAUUGACCCGCUGCACCAGACUUUUGCAGUUUCAGAAAGAUACUGAACCUAUUGAUGAGAAAUCACUUCGUAAGUUCAAAAUAUGUCUAGAAAGUGUUCCUUCUGUGGAUAGCUGGGUUGCCAACCAUGUAAUUGGUGAUUCUGAACUAUGUCCUGGUUUAAACCAGAAAAGUGAUAUUAAGCAAAAGUUGCAGAAACAGAAUAAUUUAUCUUCUCUUCCUGAAGCAACAAAUUGUGCUUCACAAGACUCCGAUGAUCAGAGUAGAGCAACUUCUGGGAAGGACUCUCUGGAUUUUGAACAAAAGUUGACCUUUCAGAAGUCCAGAAAUGAGUCCUUUUCAGAAUUGAAUCUGUUUAGUGAAACCGAUAAAAGUCCCAUUAGAAAUUCCAUAGACAAUUUAGUUAGUUCAUUUCAUGAUCAGCAAAAUAUCUUAGGUGAUUCUCUUGAUGAACAAGAGCGAGUGUUAGAUGGAUCUGAUUUAGUUAUGUGUAGGAUAUGUGAAGAAAUUGUUCCUGUUUCACAUCUAGAAUCCCAUUCUUAUAUAUGUGCAUAUGCAGAUAAGUGUGACCUAAAUAGUUUAGAUGUAGAUGAACGCCUUUCAAGCCUUGCAGAGAUAUUGGAACAAAUUGUAGAGUCACGAAAUAUGAAUUUUCAUCAAGCACAUGACAGUCCAGAAAAUUCAAGAGCACAGAUAGCAAAUGUCACAACUGAAGGUUGCUCUCCCAAGAUAAGUGAAUGGCGCAAUAAAGGCGUGGAAGGAAUGUUUGAGGAUAUACAUGAAAUGGAUACUGCCUUUAUAGAUGAUUCUCACCUGCCCCCUGUUAAUUUAAAGUCCCAUCUUGGUAUAAAGUUAUGCAAUUAUGGAACACCUUCCUCAACUGGGAGUAUGACGUCAGUUUCCUCUACAAAUACCCCUAAUGCUGGCCAUUUUGAUUCUUUCUGGUUAGAGCACAAUAAUCCUUCAGAGCUAGAGGAUGUUCAACAGAUGAUUGAUCUUGCAGACAUAGCCCGCUGUGUAGCAAGUACAGAUCUCUCAAAGGAAGGGUCAUAUGAUCUUUUGCUUUCUUGUUUGCAAGAUCUUCAGGAUGUUCUACAGCAUAGCAAGCUCAAAGCUCUUGUCAUAGACACUUUUGGCAGCCGGAUAGAAAAUCUUCUGCGGGAAAAAUACAUACUUGCUUGUGACGUAGUGGAUGCUAAAAGUCCUAAAAGUGACGGUAAGCCAAAGCAAAGUUCUAGGAUUCUUUUGGAUAAUGCAUCUCAAAGUAGUGCUGUGUCAACUCCUAUACAUUCAUCCCAUAAAGAGCGGACAAGUAUUGCUGAUUUUGAAAUCAUUAAGCCAAUUAGUAGAGGUGCCUUUGGAAAAGUUUUUCUUGCACGCAAAAGGAUAACAGGAGAUUUUUUUGCAAUUAAGGUUCUGAAGAAACUGGACAUGUUGCGGAAGAAUGAUGUUCAGCGCAUUUUAGCAGAGCGCAACAUAUUAAUAACAGUUAGAAACCCAUUUGUGGUUCGAUUUUUUUAUUCCUUCACUUGUAGAGAUAACCUCUAUUUGGUUAUGGAAUAUCUCAAUGGAGGUGAUCUAUAUUCUUUGCUCAGAAAAGUUGGUUGCCUUGAGGAAGACGUAGCUCGUAUAUAUGUAGCAGAACUGGUUCUUGCUCUAGAGUAUCUCCAUUCUCUUGGAAUUGUGCACCGGGAUCUGAAACCAGACAACAUAUUGAUCGCACAUGAUGGGCAUAUCAAGCUUACAGACUUUGGGCUAUCAAAAAUUGGCCUUUUAAACAGCACUAUUGAGUUAUCAGGACCAGAGAUAAAUAGAAAUGAAGUCUCAGAUGUCUUCAAUCCACAGACACAACAAAUAGAAGACACAAAUCGGCAAUCAGCUGUUGGAACACCGGAUUAUCUUGCCCCCGAAAUUCUUCUUGGAACUGUACAUGGUUAUGCUGCUGAUUGGUGGUCUGUAGGGAUAAUCUUGUUUGAACUUAUAACAGGAAUUCCUCCUUUCACUGCUGAAAGGCCUGAGAUAAUAUUUGAUAACAUUCUUAAUAGAAAGAUCCCUUGGCCGCCUGUUCCAGAGAGCAUGUCUUAUGAGGCCCAGGACUUAAUUAACAGGUUGAUCACUCACGAUCCAGAUCAACGCUUGGGAGCAAACGGGUCGUCGGAGGUCAAGUCCCAUCCAUUUUUUAGAGGAGUAGAUUGGGACAAUCUUGCAUUGCAAAAGGCUGUUUUUGUGCCAAGCCUUGACAGUGCAGAUGACACGAGCUACUUUGUGUCGCGCUUUUCUCAACUAUCUUGUGGAAUCCCAAAUGACCAUAACAGUAGCCAUUAUGAUAUUGAUGCUUCUGACUCAUCCUCCAAUUCUGGAGUAGAGAUGGACGAAUGUGGUGAUUUGGCAGAGUUUGAUUCUUCUCCGCUUGAUCUCUCCCUGAUAAAUUUCUCUUUCAAGAAUCUAUCUCAGCUAGCAUCCAUUAACCAUGACUUGUUCUUACAAGAAUCAGCCAAGAAUUCUCCAUCUAGAGCUCCAUACAGAUAGCUUAUCAUCAGCUAUAAAACAUAUUCUGCAGGUAAUUUGUUCAUAGGGAUUAGGUGCUAGUAAGUUAGAAAAAGAAUUGAUAAGUACCCCAAAAGAGGGACACAAAGAAAUAGUAUUUUUUUCUUUUAGAGGUCAUAAUUAUGAUCAUGUAAUUAAUAAUUUUCUUUGUACAUAAAAUCAAAGAAAAAGUAGAAUACUCAAUCUCA